AUGCAAGCUGAGUUAAAAGGACCGGGAGGACCGACUGGAAUAGGCGGUGAAAACCCAUUUGGAUUCGGAGGAGGAGGUGUUGGGCUCCAAAUCAAUCCCGGACCGUUUGGAAUGGGUGGAAGUCCUGUGGUGCUGGCAUUCCUCCUCCCAGAAAUGUGGGCAUCCAGAAGGAAACGACUGAGCCUGAGACACCACCAGAGAGGUCGCUGA